AGUUUAUAACUAAUUUCAUCCAACAUUUGAAAAUGUUACAGGUUGUUGCUAUGUACCCAUAUGAUGCAAACAGAGCUGACGAGAUCACAAUAAGACCAGGGGAUGUUAUAACUGUGCUCUACCAUGACAAUGAAAACUGGUGGAUGGGAGAGCUUGCUGAUGGUAGUCAAGGAUACUUCCCUUCAAAUUACGUCAUGCAGCAAGAAGAAUUAGAGUCUGAAGUUGAACAGCAAGAAGAGCCAGGUGUACAAUCUACGCCUAAGCAUCGUAAGAAAAAUAGUAAGAUGACUGCCGUUACCAGCAAAACUGGAGAAUUACGCAUCAUAUCUGGUCCAGAGGACAGUAGUGAUCCUGAAUUAUCAGCAACUCAGAGCGCAAGACAAAGAAGGCGACAACGAAAGAGUCAAACUYCUGAGAAAACUUUUGAUACUGAAGUUAAGUCCCGAGGGAUUCCCGAAAAGACCCMACGGAAAAGUCCCGAAAAAGCAACACGCAGAAGUCCCAAGAAGCCUUCAAGCUGACUAAACCAAACAAUAUUCUAAAWCGGACGUUUUUUAACUACAUUUUUUAAUGAUUAUACUAAUGCAAACCCGGAAGGUUUUAGRAAAUGGUUCAUUGAAAAAUGUGCAAUCGUGCCAUAGACACAGACCGCUUGGACUCAAGUGAUUUUCGUUUAUAGUUGAACCUAUUGUUUUCAAUUUUUAUUAUUUAGUGAGAACAUUAACGUAUAAUGCAAGUUUAGGUGUGAAUAUACACAAAAGAAAGUAUUGAGAUUGGAGAGGUUUUCUGGGCUUCCUUUCACUUGUUCAUUGACUUCCAUUUAUUCUUUAGGCAGUAGAGUUGUUUUCAUGAACCKCGUGCUUUAUAAACUUUGUUGUAUUUAAUAAUCGAGCACAAGGUCUAGUGAACGAGCAGUCGCAGGUCUAGCGUGCGUGUAGCCAACACAGUUUUGGUUGGGCUASACGCAGGCUAACACGGGUUGAUAAAAGCAAACUAGUAGGCUCUAGUUUCUUUGAGUCUAAUAAUUUGUCCAUCACAUUCCCGAAACUAGGGACUAUCACAAAAAACAGCAUUUUCCUCUGUUGAAAAUUGAUAAAAGUGGAAAAAAGUGCGGAUCUAAUCUUCUCGGCUUAAAAAUUCGCAAAUUUGAAAAAAGGCCGUAAAUUUGGAUUAAAUGGGGCAAUGUGAUUAUGUACAAAGUCAACGCUUACCAUUCCACAUCGAACAUACRUGAAGCCAAGUAUAGUAUAUUUAUUGCAAAAUAAAAUAAAGGGACAAUU